CGCGCGGUCUACAUCCGGCAUCCGGCGAGGUACAUACAGUAGUAUAUAGUGUCGGCAAUUACUGCACCAAUUUAAUUUCUUAUCACAAAUCAGUAAUAAUAUAUUAAAAUCCUUUUCUAAUCGAUCAGAAAAACAUUGAAUUAACAAAUACUGAUUGCAAUCACACAUCAUAGAUUAGAAGUCUACAUCCACUGAUAAUUGAUCAGAAACAUAUAGUCAUCUUUGAAACUAACCUCCUUCAAUAGGACAAUUCCCUCCAAUUCGAUAGAAUAGUAUUUUUCAAUGGCCUGACGAGACACCGAAAAUCAUAAACAAUGUCGACAAGUCCGACUUCCCGAGACGUCGAAAACUCCUUGAAGGAGGCUCUGUACGAAACUCUGAACGGUAUCCUUUCGCCGCACCGAGAGACUCGGCAGGCAGCAGAGCAGAGGAUUCAGGCUCUGGAGGUAACCGACGAAUUCGGAAUACAUCUGACUGAAUUCGUGGUAGACAGAAAUGGGUCCCUGGAGAUAAGACAGUUGUCAUCGGUCCUGUUGAAGCAGUAUGUCGAGACCCACUGGUCCCCAGAGGCUGAGAAAUUCCGGGCCCCUGAGCUGAAGCACGUGACCAAGGAGAGAAUCAAGGAACUUCUGCCUCUCGGACUUCACGAGAGCAUUAGCAAGGUCAGGGCAUCUGUUGCAUAUGCAAUCUCAGCAAUUGCUCACUGGGAUUGGCCUGAAAAUUGGCCAGGAUUGUUCGACAUUCUGGUGAACUGUCUUAGUGGAGAGAGCGAAUUCGCAGUUCAUGGGGCAAUGAGAGUUCUCAGUGAGUUUACCAGAGACCUGACUGACACUCAACUUCCCAAUGUUGGACCUGUUAUUCUACAAGAGAUGUACAGAAUAUUUCAGAGUGAUAAUCAGUACUCGAUAAGAACAAGGGGUAGAGCUGUGGAGAUUUUUGCAACGAUCACAGGGUUAGUCGCCUCCACUGGGGUUUAUCAGAAGGAAUUCGUCCGGCAAUAUCUCCAGCCGGUCAUUCCAAUGUUCUGUGAGAAAUUUAUCAAGUACUUGACGGAACCCAAUGGCCCUACCUGCGAUAUAGGGCUUAAGACGGAUAUUAUUAAGGCUGUUAACUGUCUGGCUUCGAACCUGUCCAAGUAUGUGGCUAAUUAUCUACCUCAAAUAUUGCCGCCUAUUUGGGAUACUCUCGUGCAGAGUGCUAAGAUUUAUCAAGAGGAGACCGUUAAUGGACGAGACGAUGAGGAUAUUGAGGAGAAACAAGUUGAUUCUGAUGGUGAAAUAAUCAAUUUCAAUAAUCUCAUCAUCGCGAUUUUCGAAUUCAUCCAGAGCUUGAUGGACAACAAAAAGUUCUCAGGGCUUCUCACCAAUCUCACUGGUGAAACAAUGUACUACUUAAUAAUAUUCAUGCAAAUAACGGAGGAACAGAUUGAACUCUGGGCCACAAACCCCAGUCAAUUCGUCGAGGAGGAUGAUCAGUGUGCCUUUGCCUAUAACCUUCGGAUAUCAGCGCAGGAAUUACUCUCUGCUCUGAUCCAGCGCUCGGAGGAGGAUUCGGUGAAUGCAAUCUGUGAAGUUGUUACAAGGCAUAUUGAAGCCGCUAAUUCCAUGAGAGCAACUAAUGAGAACUAUUGGAAGCUCUCAGAGGCAGCUAUUUUUGCUCUGAGCAUUGCUAAGGACGACCUCGUUGAGAAAUUGGAAAUUGGAAGUGUUCAAUUUGAUAUUGCCGGGUUUUUGGAUCGCGUCAUAUUGGCAACACUCAAUGAUUCAAGUGCUCACCCUUUUCUCCUGGGUCGCUGUCUCUGUCUAGCAGGCAGAUGUGCCAGGCAAAUUCCCCCGGAGGUCAUGCCUCGUUUUCUUGAGGCAACAGUCAAUGGACUUCAGGAAAACCAGCCUAUUUGCAUUCGAAUUAGCUCUGUCCGAGCAGUUUACUGGUUCUGCGAGGCAUCCACCGACCCAAAUACCCUCAUAAACAAUGUCGUAAGGCCUCAGCUGUCACCAAUGUUCCAAGGGCUGUUCAAUCUUGUUGCAAAUCAGCCGACGACAGAAAUUUUAAUCCUGGUUAUGGAGACAUUUGCAGUUCUUAUCUCCCUGGACAAGAGCUUCACAGCCAGUGUUGAAGAAAAAAUUGGCCCUCUAACUAUAGCUGUCUUCGUGAAAUACCACAGUGAUCCAGAGAUACUGUCAAUCUGUCAAGAUCUCUUCAAAGAACUGACAGAAAAUCCUGAAUGCAUUGAGCCCCUCCAAACACGCCUGAUACCAACGCUCGUCAGCAUGAUGACAGGAAGUCCUGAUAAAUCUGCAGAUGAAGGAAUCAAAGGCGUCGCUCUAGAUGUUCUCCAAGUACUAGUGCAAUUUUCUCCUCGUAAUUUGAGCAAUGCUCUAGUGGAAAGUGCAUUUCCAGCAGCUUGCCACUGCAUAAUGAACUCUGAUGACAAUGGCACCCUUCAGAGUGGUGGAGAAGUUAUACGAACUUAUUUAUCAGUAGGGGCAAGACAAGUCAUUGAUCACCGUGAUAACGAGGGUCUUACUGGGCUGCACUACAUUCUUCAGAUCGUUGCCCAGUUGUUAAAUCCUCAAUCCAGUGAAUUCACAGCUACGUUCGUGGGAAGAUUGGUAACAACAUUGAUCAGAAAGGUUGGAAAUAGCCUGGGUGAGAACCUAGACCUCCUCUUGAAAGCUGUUCUCAGUAAAAUGCAGAGAGCUGAAACUUUGACAGUCAUGCAGAGUCUACUCAUGGUUUAUGCUCACUUGAUCAAUACUGAGUUUGAUGCUGUUCUCAAUUUUUUGUCAACAGUACCAGGACCAACGGGGCAGAGCGCGCUCGCUUUUGUUCUUGUCGAAUGGGUGGCAAGGCAGCAUUCUUUCUUUGGCAAUUACGACAGGAAAGUGACGAUUGUUGCUUUAUCAAAAAUUCUGGAGCAUGGAGUCACUAAUGAUGACGCCAGACUCAAUGAGAUCAUGGUGAAAGGAGAUGAAAUCUUUUCACCGACUGAAGCUGGUGUUCGUACAAGGAGUAAGACACAGUCGCGACCAUAUCAAUGGACAACCGUACCCAUUCUCGUUAAGAUUUUUAAACUCAUUAUUAAUGAGAUUUCCAAUGAUAUGGAGGCUGUUUGCCCUCUCAAUCAGGAGCCAAAGGAUUCUGAUGAUGAGGAGCUUGAAAAUGAGGAUGAUAUUUUCAUAAACCCUGGCAAUGAAGUGGAUUUGUUGAGACUUACGGAUGAAGAUGAAGAGGAAGACGACCCUGAUCUUCUUCAAGAUUCAAUCUAUCAUCUGAACCUUAAUCAAUAUCUUAGAGAUUUUCUCACAAAUUUUUCAAACCACCACUGUUUUCCAGCAUUCACACAACAUCUGAAUCCAAAUGAAGGAAAAAUUCUUAAUAAUCUGGGAAUUACUUCAACAUUCAUUCAGUAAAUACUUUCCCAUCGUUUGCGAUAAUAAAUGUUCACCAAGUGAUGUUUUUUUUUCUACUAUUAUGUACAUUCUUAUCAAUAUAUUAGAAUACAUACCGGGAUUAAAAAUGAAAAAACAUUGAUAAUAAAUGCUUAAAAUAGUUUUGGCAA